AUAAUAUAUAAAGCCAAAUAAUCUUCUUCAAAAUAAAUAUGCUUGAGACUGCAAAGGACACGUAGCCCAAUCGAUGAACAGAGGACGGCACCGAAUCAUUUUGACUUCACCUUUUUCUUAUGAUAAAGAGUCUCAUCGUUUUUCCUAUAUAUACUUCGUACUCCUCUUUUAGGUCCCUACGUCUCUGUCUCUCUUUCUCUAUACUCUCAAUUCUCAGUUUCUUGAUUAACCCAACAACAUUAAUUUUGUACAAUUUGACUCCAUUAAUCAUUAAUUAUUCUUCAAAACGAUGGGAAGAUCACCAUGUUUGGAUAAGAAAAUUGGGCUCAAGAAAGGUCCAUGGACUCCAGCGGAAGAUCAAAAGCUCAUUGAUUAUAUCAAUAAACAUGGUUAUGGAAACUGGAGAACUCUUCCCAAGAAUGCUGGGUUAGAAAGAUGUGGUAAGAGUUGUCGUCUCCGGUGGACUAAUUAUCUCCGACCAGAUAUAAAACGAGGAAGGUUCUCCUUUGAAGAAGAAGAAAUCAUUAUUCAACUUCACAGCAUCAUGGGAAACAAGUGGUCUGCAAUUGCGGCUAGAUUGCCAGGAAGAACAGACAACGAGAUCAAAAACUAUUGGAACACUCACAUCAGAAAAAGACUUCUAAAGUUAGGAAUCGAUCCGGUAACACAUAGUCCACGUCUUGAUCUUCUGGAUAUCUCCUCCAUUCUCAGCUCAUCUGUCCACAACUCUUCUCAUCAUCAUCAACAAAACAUGUUGAGGCUUAUGAUGGGUGAUGGGAAUCAUCAUCAUCAGCCAUUAGUCAACCCGGAGAUACUCAAGCUCGCAACGUCUCUCUUUUCAAAUUCUCAACAACAAUACAAGAAUCAGAACAACCCCACCAAUACACACGAGGUUAACCAACCCGAAGUAAACCAAUAUCAAAACGGCUACAAUAUUAUUGGUAAUCAAGAAUUACAAUCUUGCUUCCCUAGCAUGGAUCAAUUCGCAGAGUUUCAAGACCCCAUGCCAACGACGACGUUUCCAGAUUCAGUGCAUUCGCUCCCAUUGAACCAGGACUAUGAUUAUUCGACAUCUAACUUCGCAUUAGAACCUUUUUACUCUGACUUUGCUUCGGUCUUGGCCACACCCUCUUCGAGCCCGACUCCAUUAGACUCAAGCGCCACAACUUACAUCAAUAGUAGUACUUGCAGCACCGAGGAUGAAAAAGAGAGUUAUUGCAAUAAUAACUUCAUGAAUAGUUCUGAAAUAGGUCCUGAUUAUUCGUUUGAUGUUAAUGGUUUUCUGCAAUUCUAAGAAACACAUUAAAGACCCAUGGGAUAGAGUUAUUUAAUACUAUUGUAUUCAAUAUAUAGAUUUUGUUACAUAUGUAAGAUACAAUUUCUUAUUGUUUUUUCUUCUCAUUAUUUUAUACUAGUUUAAUA